AUGUCUUCUCAAUUUUUCAACCAAGGCACCCCAGCCAGAGAAAUUCGUCGGGAACAGCAAACCACCCUGGAAUACGGGAGUCAAUCUGGGACAGAGAGAGAGGAGUGUCGACCCAUAUCUCCACGUGCUUUGUUCGAGGACCUUCCGACAGCCCAUUCAUCCAUUACUUCGCGCAUAACGAACCAAAGAAACAACCUCUUUCUCAUGUCUCCACACACAGAUCACUCCAUAAAUGAUCUGAAUAUGGAGGUUCCAUUGGACAUGACCGCUGACAGAUCCCCUGUCACUCGUCCCCCCAAUUGUUCUGGCCUGCUUACAUCCUAUUUCGUAGAAAAUAAAGCCAUUGAUCGUCCUUUCCAGGAGAUCGAAUCGACAUCCAUCCCUCUGCAAGAUGGCAUUGAGGAUCCAAGAACUACACUCGCGGAUCUGGUCGUUCGCGGCGCUUCAAUUGGCCAACUGUCAAGUUACUUCUCGGGCAAACCUUCGCGUUCUAGCUGUCAACCACAAGGAGAAGUCACCAAAAGGUACACUUCCAAACUCAUAAAACCUCGGCCUUCAGGUGUAAAACAUUUCUUCCAAUGGAAGAAACUUCGCGCGAGCGGCGCGCCCAGCCUACUCUCCAACCUUACAACCCGUCAAUUGAAUCCGCAAACGGCCCAUUCUCGGGCCAAAAAAGGAAGUUCUUCCGAAGAGGCCUUGGCCAAUGGAGUCCGAACCAACAACUCGUAUUUGGUUGACCCCCAACUGUCCACUCACCUCUCCUGUGAGGAGCGUCGACAUGGAUAUCAAGGGAAUCCAAUAUCAAGCCUAAAUUUUUCUAAACCCAUCCAUCCACUGGCAUCUCACCCAACUGGCGUAAAUACUGGGAUGUCUCCAAUACCCUAUUCCCCUGGUUGCUCGAACCUUCGUCCGAGCCUGGAUUCCCACCGUGCCAACAAUAUUCUGGAGAGGCUCCACGGCAUCAGUUCCCAGACCUCUCCAAGGCACGGUUCUGAUCCAACUCUAAUUAUGUGCGGAGACCCUGGCACAAUUCAAUCCAGCUCCAUAUCUGGUAUUGCAGAGAAUGAUUUUCCAGGCGAUGAAUACGAAGAUAUGGGGCCGGGGAGCAGUCAAACUACAUCGAGCCCUAGGCUGAGCGGUUUGGGAACCUUUUCAUCGCUGAGAUCUCGCUUAAAAUUGCCCUCUACCUUGUCAUCUCGUUCAAAGGGGAGUGGAUUAAGGACAAACAUAUGUAAUAUGAAAUCUCUCUCAAAAGAGAACGAGGGGUUGGCUGAUCAGAUGGAAUUUGGCAGUGCGCUUGAGAGCAAUACUAAGCUGGAAGGGUCCAUGUGGAAUGAGGAGGAAGAUGCCCAAACUUGGCAAACAGUUGCAGAAAGCCAGCAGUUCAGAAGUGAUAUGAGAUCUGAUUUCUCAAAAGUGGAUACAGGUAGUAGUUUAGCUAAUUUCUCCAGUUAUGGAAGCCUUGCAAAUGCGGAGACGCAACCUUGGUCCUCGUUGCAAUUACUCGGGAAACAUCAAGAUUUCCCUAGCUACCCUAGCAACCCAGUCACGGCUCAUCCAGGACAAAGAGACCCCGCCCACCCACACAGACUCCAUCAAAGGCCAACGACUGGAAAUGAUAUCCUGCCGCCAGUCUAUCAAUAUGACAUGUCGAUGUCGGUUCUCAAUGAAGAUAGUUCUUCCCGUGUUCGCAUACAACACAAACAUAACCCCUUUUCGUCUACAAAGCACAACACAACCAACAACCCCACCAGUAUUCUCUCUCAUCCCUUUAAAUAUUUCAACAGCCACCCUAAAAGGCCAUUUUCCCACAAGUACCCUAGAAUGAGCAUUCAGCAUUCCUUGCCUCUGACCGCAGCCAUUCGUUCUUCCCCUCGCGACUAUUUCGCUAGCGACGGUAGAAAACAAGGAGACGUCCUCCAGAUGCCUGAAAGAGCUCAUCUUGCAGCAUUCUCCUCCACCGACCAGCUUAUUCUGGAUCCUCUGUUGAAUUCCUCUCCUCCUCGUCUCCGAGAUAGAUCCUCUGGUGAUGGAAUUACGCCCACUACAUGCAAUGGCACUGGAUCCUCCCACAAAAGUCAGUCACUGAUAUCUGAAACCAGGCUCCAGCAUGGUCAGCGACCCGCAAUCCCCAAAUUACGCUGGCCCCUUACCCAUGGCAACGAUAAUGAAACCGCCAAAAGCCGCGUUAAGUCACCAUCACGCGAAGAUCUCGUGCGAGAACGUAUCCGACAAUUAAAUGACCCCAUCCUUGCUACAACUUCUCGUCAGAAUAGAAGGGACCCUCCUCCGCGACCAGUCUCUGAGCGAAGUACAAUCCCUCACCGGUCCCAUACCGUCACCAGUAGACUCGUCAAUAUCAAUGAAGAACUCGAAACUGGCCAGUGGUACUGUUCAGAAAACGGACGUUACGCCUUCUCUACCCCGCCACGUCUAUUCAGGAUGUCAACCAAAUCCAGACAACGAGACAAUGUUGUUGCUUCAACUUCGACGACCGGCUUUGCCCUGCAGCGGCGUGUGGGUCGGGAGGUCAUCAUUGGUUCAACAAUUAUGUUACCUCUGGGAUGGCUUUUGCUGGCCUAUAUUGCGAUGGUGGGACAAAGAGCUAAUUGGCUAAUAAACUGGAGAUCAAGAGGAGAAGUGGCGCAGUUUCAUGAGAAGGAUAUUCGCUUUGCACGCCAGGUGUUUGGAGGGGUGUUUUUGGUGUUAAUUAUUAUUGGCUUUGUCACAGCGACGGGUGUUCUUGCAUCCAGAGAUAGUAAAUGA